CGUGCGCCACAGCACACAGAACGACUCUGCAGGGCAGGCACAAGGGUUCCACACUAGAGAUGGAGACUCUGAGGCUGCUGCCCUCGUCCCAAGGUCACCUCAGCCACUCUGGCUGGCAUUUCCAAGGUCUUGACAGCCACUCCCUCUUGGGUCGCACUGGUCCUGUCCUGGCCGGUGCCAGCAUGGCCACGGCAGAGUCACCCGCCCCAGUACAGCUCUGGUCCCCAAGGGCCAGCUGUCUCCUGCCUGCACGCUGAGCCCCUCCCCAGGGCGAUGGCUGGGCCUGGUGUGUUCGUGUGUUCAUCCCUCACGCUUCCUUCCACACAGUGGCUUCUGUACUAAUGGGAGAUUUUUCCAGAACCCCCGUGGACUCCAGCAGCCUCAGACGCUCCAGCCCCUUCUACAAAGCGCACACGCUUCAUUUGCAUACAACCUAUGCAAUCCUCUGGUAGAUUUUAAAUCAUCUCUAGAUCACUUGAAUACCCGAUACAGUGUAAAUGCUGUAUAAAUAGUUGUGUUGUAUUAUUUAGGGAAUAAUGAUAAAAAAAAUAUUCAGUAGGGACAUAUUUUUCUGAAUAUUUUCCACCUGCGGUCGUCCGACUUUGUGAACGCAGAACCAGAGAUACAGAGGGCCACCGUCUCAGUGGAGGUUGGUGGCAUAAACGUUAGACCCAAGGCCGUGCCAGGGAGCCUGACGAGAGCCUGCUGCACCCUCCCUCGGGAGACUGUUGGGCUGCGCUGGGUAAGGAGCUCUCACUCCUAAGCACAGCCGCUCCCCUUCCCAUCUCUCUCCUCCCUGGCCGGCACCCAAGAAGCCCGAGCAGACCCCGCCCUGCGACACCUCCCCCUCAGGACAGCCUGCCUGUGCUGCACCUGCGCGGUGUCCUUCGGCUUUCCUCUCAUGUCCGGCCAGAGGGACUGCUGAAAUCAGGGUCUAACGUUAUCAGGUGAGACUGCCUGGACCAGAGGACAAAGCUCACCCAGAGGACGGCAGGAUUGAGUGACAGAAGCAGGCAGAUCCCUGACGACAUCUGAACUCCUGGAGUCUGCCACACUUGAAGCCAGCAAGCCCAGGCCCUUCUGUUACAGGUGCCAAAGAACCCUCUUCUGUGCCUAACCCAGUUUUAAUGGAGCUUUCUGUCCCUGGCUAUUACGAGAGUCCUGGCUGGGCCACUAGCCCUGCUCCUGAGCACUUCCAGCAACAGACUCAGCUGCUGUCAGUAACAGCUAAGACGGGCAGAAGUCGAGUCUGGGUUUAUAGCUGCCCCAGGCCAGCGCCAUCUGCCAGGCCCCGUGGCAGCCCGCCCCAGCCGCCUGACACACAGCCCUCCCUUCCACGUGUCUGUACUCGCCUCCCUGCUGGGGCUGCCGGGCUCUGGGUCCCCACCUUCUGGAUAGAGCCUGGACACAUCGGGAGUCCCUCCCCACUGGCCCUGACUGGUGGGCGUCCCUGUGGGUCUGCUUCACACCUGAGCCCUGGGACUCUUGUGGUCCCAAGCAUGCAUUCUGCCCGCAGGUCUCAGCUGCUCUGUCCCACCCCAGAGAGCUCCCAUGGCCAGCGACAAUGGCUUAGAACUUUUAGAGCUCUCAGUGACAAAGCAGUCCACUGUGGCCUGGGUGCCAAAGGUUCACCACCACUGGCCUGGACACUGACUCUGGUCAGCGUCUCUGCCUCCCACGCUGUGGGUCAGUCCUCUUUCCACCCGCGUGACAUCACCAGGGUUCCCCGGCCAGAGGUGCCCAGAGCCGUCCGGCAGCCCGCCCGCACUACCAAAUGAGGGGACACCUUCGGCCUAAAGUCAUUGCUGUGUUUGGCCUUGGUUUGCAUCCUGGUCCAAGCAAACCAACUGUAAAAAAACAAUUUUCAGACAAUUAGGCAUAUUUAAAUAUAGAGUGGGUAUUAAGAGCAAAACAGUAAUUACUGUCAGCCAUGAGAGUGGCACUGGGGUUAUACAAAAGCAAACACACCAGCUCCUCUGUCAGAGAUGCACAUGCAGCAUGUGUGUGAAAUGGGACACAAGGGAGACAGAGGAAACAGGAACGGCAGAAUGGUGACCAGCGCUGAAACUGCUGAUGGACACGUGGGUGGUUAUUAAACCGAUCUUCAAUUCCGCUGUGUCUGAAAGCGUCUGUCCAGAAGAGGCACUUGGCCAGGAGCUGAACACGCCCCCACGGAUCCUUAGCUGCCCUGAGUCCCCAGCCUUCUCUUGGGGAUCCCUGCCCUCUCCAAACACGGCUGGGGUGUACGUGAGACCCCAGAGUCAGAUCCUGCCUCCCUGCUUGAAGUCUCCAGCAACAGUGCCCAUGUGGUCGCUCAGGGCAGGUGGGAUGGCCAGGAAUGGUUCAGAGCACUCUGUAGGUGCUCGAUGGACAAUAUUUACCCCGGUUAAUGGGGACCGAGGCGCAGGGACCUCCAGGGACAUGGCUGCAGCCACAAGGAUUGGCCCCUGGUGGGCUGGUACUGGUGGACAAGCUUUCUCUGAGUAAGUGCGUCUUUUUGCCUCUCUCCAAGUAAGACCGAAACCUUCAGCGUCCUACACAACCUGGCUCCAGCCCCGCCUGGAGCCUCCCCUUGGCCUCCUCUGUCCACCACGCCACAGCCAUGGACUCCACUUCCGUCCUGGAAGUGGCUAAGCAUGAGCCUGCCUCAGGGCCUUUGCCGCUGCUGUGAGUUCCACUGGGGAUGCUCUCCCCGCUAACAUCCAGGGCCACUGCUCCUGCCUCAACCCCAGUUCCCAGCAGCUGUUUCCUCCCCGCCAGGCCUCGGGUGCACUGCCCUCCUCUACUGUCUUCAGAACUCUCCGCUGUGCCAGAAGUGAUGGCUCCACUGGGGUCCACGUCCCGCGCCCUCCCCACAGAAGGGACAGGUCUGUGCAGGCAGGGCCUGGCUGUUCGUUCACAUCUCCCCGGCUCCAAGGCCGCUCGGCCCAAUGUGCAGUCACCAGCCACAUGGCCACAUAAGUUAAAAUUCAAACUAAUUCAAAUGACAGAAAUUUUAAGGUGCAGUUUCUCGGUUGCCCUGGCUACAUUCCGAAUUUCCAUCUGCUGCCCUGUUCAGAAGCUGCCAUCCUGGCCAGGGCAGAUACAGCACACUCACUGCCACGCAAAGCAGGCUGUGCGGCGCGUCCAGAGACAAACCGCCGGGACCUGGGUAUUCAUUCGUUCGCUCAUUCACUCACUGAUUCCCUCAGGCUUACAGGCUGAGCGCUAUUCGGUGUACACAAUGUUCCCGAGGGCCUGCUCUGCUCGGAUGCCUGCUGUUAUGAGCAGGCUGUGGGCAGCACCUGCAUGGUGCCGCUGUGCGUGGAUGGCAGUGCUGUGCUUGGUUUUGGUGAGGCGGGGCACCCUGAGGCAGACAGCCAGCGGACCGUCAGAACUGCUGGAGUCUGGGCCCCGAUGGGAACCUGCGAGGUGGGGGUGGUGUGUCAGUCUGUUCUCUACUAUCACAAAACACCCGAGGCUGGGAACUCCAAAGAAGAGAGGUAUAUUCGGCUCACAGCUCCGUGGGUUCCAGGGCUGGCCCAGCUCAGCUACGGUGAAGCCCUCAUGGCAGAGUGUAUGUGGGAGACGCAAGGACAGAAAGAGGCCAGGCUUGUUCUUUGCCUAAUAACUGUUCUCUCAGGAACCCAGGGUCCUGUGAGGACAACCUGGGGCCCUUCUGAGGGCAGUGCUCCAGCAGCUCCUGUGAGGCCUCAGCUCCUGUCCACAGUGUAUUCCCCACCUCGGACUGAACUUCUAACACACGAGCCCUGGGGGACAGGCCACACCUGCCUCCAGCCCCCCACACAGAGGAGACGACUGGACCCCUCCCAGCAGACGCAGGGCAAGAGGACCCUGAAGAGUAUAAGAAAACCCAGGGCCCUCACAUCCCUCCAGGCCCUGUCCGUCACUCCUCAGCUGGGGACCAUGACACGAUGGGACAGACAUGUCAGCCCUUCCUUCUGAGCCUGAAGCUUCCUCUCCUUGACGGGCCAGAAGGAAAGUUCAAGAUCCUUCUCAAGACAGCACUCAGCAUAGCCACUUCCGGUCAGAGUUGGCCAAAGAGGCAUAGUCAGUCUGCCACACCAGUUGCGUUCUGAGCCCUCGGCUUCAUCUACAAGGUGGGCGGCUGCCACCGCCCUGAGGGGCCACUGAGGUGAAAUGAGGUGGUGCCCUCUUUUUAUUAUUUUUCCCUCCCAGGCCUGCCUGGGCGCCCACCGGGGCCUCUUGUGUGUCUGACACCUGUGCGGCUGACACAUGGCAGCUGUCACAAGGAGAUGGCUGUGUGCCGCCUCCUGUCCUUGCACCCCCUCCCGGGCCCCUCUCCUCGGAGCAGCUUACAUGCACUGGGCCACCUAAGGAGGGGGAAAGGAGCCCAUCAGUGUCAGCCCGAAGAUGGAACAGGCAGCACACGUUCCAACAGAAAGACUCUCCUUUCUUGCACGGCCUUCUUUCUUCCGUUCUGAAUACGCCUUGGUUGGAUGAGCUCCUCCAUUUAACUCUUCUUCAAGACUCUCAUGCACAAAACGCAGUAUUAACAAGCCACGUCUCCCGGGCCAGGGUGUAGUUCCUAUAAACCCUCACUUUAUCUCCUCGGAAACACACAGUAGCAGCUUCUCUGGGGAAUAUUAAAUCAGACCAACCUGCAGCUGCAUCGGUUUGUGCUUUUCUGCCCCCAGUAAAUUCUGGCAACAGAUGGCUGUGCGUUACAUAAGCGGCCCCCGCAGCCCUGUUGCCUUCCCUGUCUACCCUGAACCGCCCCGGCCCAGGCAACCCCCGGUGCUCUGUGGGGCACGGAGGACCCCGCUUCAUUACUGUGUUCCAGACACACAAGAACGGCUGAGCACGGGCUGAAAAGAAAGGCCUGCCUUGGCCAAAAGGAUUGGAGCUGUCGACUCUGUGCUCCAGCCCAGGAAAUGUGCUUUUCUCGGCCGGAGAUGCAUUUCAGUGACAGGGCUGAGCGGUAUGAUAUGGUAUGGGCAGCCAGCACGGCCUCACUACUGGUCUGUCCCGGGAGUGGGGUGCUGCGGCUGUGGGCCAGGGCCGCUCCGGGGUCCAGGCCGCCUCUGAGCACACAGAGCCAGGACAGCCAGUGAGGCAGGGCUGCUGACCGACUCCAGAAACUCCCUCCUGGGGUCCA